AUGCAGCCGCGCCCCUUGAGCAUGCAGGAGGUGUUGGACAUGCUAGACCCCCAGCGCAUCGCCAAGUUUUUGCACGUGGAGGUGCCGAUUCGGAUCGCAGAGCGGAUCAGGUGGAUACAAGAUAUCCCGAACUGGGAGGAGAUCCAGGAGCUGCGAGAUAUCCACACGUCGCACAUGAAGGUGUUCCGAGACCUCCGGUUGGUGCAGCGCCGCCCCACACUGGAUGCCUUCACUGCUGUUGUCCAGCACGCGCUGCAUGCACAGCAGCCGGUUCGGCACAAGGUGGCACUGGCCAUGCAUCGGCUUCACACGCAGCGAGGUGAAGAGUUUGGCAGUGACUUCACCGACCCCUGGGCAGAUGAUUUCCUUCUGAACUGCAUUGGCACUGAGAUGCUCAUGUCGCAGUACCUGGCCUGCGUGACGAUGGAAGAUUCUGGAGCAAGACAGAGGGGACACGCCAUGGCUGGAAUAAUUGACCCAGAUUGCGACGUGGCGCAGAUCUGCCGUGAAACUGCAAUGAAGGUACAAGAGAUCACGGAGGAACACACUGGACGUUGCCCAUUCAUCCAAGUGGAGGUCUUCCAAGAGCGCGCAAUUCCAAGGUUCUCAUACAUCCCCGGUUUCCUGCGCUUCAUCAUGACGGAGGUGCUGAAAAACAGUUGCCGUGCAACGGCUGAAGUUGCAAAGUCGGACCGUGAUGUACAGAAACGGCCUAUCAAUGUGAUCGUUUGCGCAGACGACCACGAGGUUGCAAUUCGGGUCAGUGACCGUGCACGAGGCAUUCCUUUUGGUGUGGGACAGAAAGUUUGGUCCUACCUUUACACAACUGCUGGCAAAGGUCCUAGCAAUUAUGGUCAGCACGCGACAUCGCUGGCAGGAUACGGCAUAGGCCUCCCACUUUCUCGCCUCUAUGCCCGGUAUCUGGGAGGGUCGUUGAACCUGGUAUCCUUGCCUGGGUAUGGAACAAGUGUUGAUUUGUUCCUUCGGCGCGUGAAUGCAAAUCAGGUCGAAAUAGUACCUGACAAUGAUGCCGAUGAUUCUGAUCGGAGGUCUUAG